GCUGAUACAACAUAUAUAUUAGCAUGUAAUAUUCUUUGUAUGUGACGCGGAGCAAUAUUUCCGUAGCAACAAAAUAGAAACAGAGGAGCCUAACGUCUGUUAAUGUCAUUCCUGGACGUCAUAUGGCGCGACUUAACGGAAGAAGAUAUAUCGAUGAACAAGAAGAUGCAUUAAACCCUUAGUCAACGGAGGGGAAAUCAUGAAUGAUAAUGCACAGCUCUUACUUGUCCUUAUCAAUUUAGUUAUAUUGAAGGAUAUAUCUGGUGCUGCAGCAAACUGUCCUUCUGAUUGGGUAUAUAAUGCUGACAGAGAGCGUUGUUAUAAAUAUAUUACGAACGAUAAGUCUUAUGCAGAGGCAUUCGACAAUUGCAUCUUAUUAGACGCCAUUCUAGCUACACCAAAGAACGCAUCUGAAAGAGACUUUAUCUACGACCAAGUGAUCAAGACUAUCAAUCAAUAUGUAUGGGUUGGAGUCGUGAAGAGGUCUAAUGUAGAACCAUGGACGUUUGCUGAUGGUGUUCCGCUCAAACCUUCAACGCCGCCCUGGGAUUUAUGGAGAACUGGGUAUCCAUCAGCUACAGGCUAUUGUGCGUUUUUGAAAGGUGUAGAUAGUGAUUACCUAUUAGAAACCGCAAGCUGCAACAACAGAUAUAAAUCUGUUUGCCAGAAAACGAUUUUUGAACAUUCAUGUCCGGCGAAUUGGUUUCGUUCCCCUGGGGGAUCUGUGUGCUACAAAAAAUUUGGGCAAUCCGACUCCUACCAACAAAGCGUGGACAUCUGCAACAGCAACGGCUCCGACAUUUUGAUGCCCAGAAACCCACACGAGGACAUGUUUUUCACCAUGUAUUUCAAUACAAACCAUAAAUACGACAAAAUAUGGAUCGGGUACGCGCUACAUAAUGUGGAUUUCUUCUGGAACUCGGGGGAGCAAACAAACUACACAGGCUGGGAAGAUGCGGAACCGGAUACUUGGGAAGAUUGUGCAGUGUAUGCUUCUAACAGCAGAGGGUUCAGUCGAUGGUAUGGACUCCAGUGCGGCAUAGCUGCUGUGACAUAUUGUCAAGACACCACUUUCUAUACCUUGACUGAUAUCACAACAGCUGAGGCUUUAACAGUACAAACGUCACAAGCGACAACUCAAAUCACCACCUCAGUUAACGUACAAACAACAGACUCUGAGGUUACAACCGUACAGUCAACUAUUGUACAGACAUCGUAUGAUAUCACAGUGUCACCUGAAGCUACAACACUAAUUGCAGAUAUCACCACGAUGCUGUCAACCACACAGUCAACUGCUGCCACAGCACCAGCGAUAGAGAGCACCACAACGGUAUCUCAAAUCGUUGAGUGUAGUUGUCAUUGCUAUAGGAAUAGCACAAACAUAACGUCAGAAGAAUUGCAGGAAAUGAUACUACAAAUCAAAAGUAACCUAACUGUAGACACAAAGUCUCUAUCCUCCUCAAUUCGACAACUCACGAGCGCUCACGAUCCGCGAGUGUCAUCAAAGAACAUCGGUAGUUUUGGAAUAGCUGUGCUAGUCUCCAUCGGAGUUUUCUUGCUUAUCUUAGAUUUCGUUCCCACGAAAGGUUGUUGCAUUUGGAAGAAGAAACUGAAUGUUACUUGAAAUGACGUUGUGUCUUAAUAUUUCUGUGUAUAUUACAUGUAUUAGCGUCAUUUACCAACUAUCGAUAAUUAAUAUAAUUUCUGCCAACUUUGUGCAAAUCAAUAAAUCAAAGCAGUACGGCU